AUGAGACUGAUUGCAUCGAUAGGCGCGAUCGUUCUGUUAGUUGGAUCUUGCGCGGCCAACCAGGACCUCCUCGCCAAGUCCUUGAGCGAGUGCGUCGCGACCGAGUCGUGGACUUCUUGCCUGAAGCAUCAUGUUUUGGAUUAUCUCGACGGCGAGCUGGGCAUCAGCACGGAGGCGAGGUCGUUGGAGACCUUGGACGAGGCGAUCGUCGCCAGGACCGUUAAGUAUCUGAGGAGUUUCGAUUACGGGCUCGAUCUGCCCUUGGUCGACGCCAGGCUGAAGUACAGACCCAGCAGGAGCUUGGCCGACCUGGACGUCGAAUUCAAGGAUAACGAAGCGGCUACUAGUCAGGCCCGAGGACUCUUGAAGAAGAAGCUCUUGUUACCGUUCUUGCUGCUGCUGAAACUGAAGUUGAAGGCUCUCAUGCCCAUCUUCGUCGCCAUAAUCGGACUGAAGGCGCUGAAAGCCCUCGUCCUGUCGAAGCUCGCCAUUCUCGUCGUCAUCGGAUUCGUCGCGAUGCAAUUCCUCAAGAAGGGCGGCAUGAUGAUGCCGAUGGGUAUGUCCAUGGAACCGGCGACGGCGUACGGGGUGGCGCCUUCGCUCUCGACUACGUCGAGCUACGAUCCCGCCAACACGUGGGACGGCAACGGUCCGUACUCCCGCGUCUGGUCGCCGAGCAACGGUGUGGAGUCUCAAAAUCUCGCGUACAGCUACUACUCGCCCGGCAGCUCGAGCUCCUACAGCUCGGUAGGCUCCUCUUCGUCGUCGUCGUCCUCGUCCUCAGGCGGCUCCACGAACUAUUCGUCCUAA